AUGCGCGUUCUUGGUUUUCUGGCGCCUGUGGUGGCUGUUCUUUUCGCGGGUGUGAUCGCACAGACUGAUCCGCUGCAAGUCCUUGCCCAGAUCCCCGCGUGCACUCAAGAAUGCGGUGUCAAAGUGCUCAUACCAGCGAAUUGCCCAUUGACGGACCUGGCGAACUGUCUCUGCACGAAUACCACUUUACAGUCGACAUUUGCUCUCUGCGUAGUGGGAUCAUGCGGUCUCGCCGACCAAGCCAAAUCUUCAACCCUCAUGCAGACUGAGAUUUGCAAUGGCGUACCGAAAGAAUCGCGAAGCAGAGAGAUUAUACGGGACGUUAUCAUCAUCUCCGCCUUCACCUUCGUGAUAAUCGGACUGCGGUUCUACUCGCGCGCUCUCGUAACGAGCCAAUUGUGGUGGGAUGACUGGACCAUCGCAUUUGCAGCUAUCAUCAUGAUUCCCAUGACUGUCAUCCCGAUAUUCAACGCCACCCGCGGGUUCGGCGAGCAUUUCUGGGACGUCCCUCCCCAAAACCUCGAGCUCCUCGAAAAGCUCUACUACAUCUCCCAAAUCCUCUACGUCGUCGUCCAAGCCCUCGCCAAAUUCUCCAUCCUCUUCCUCUUCCUCCGCGUCUUCCCAACCCAAAAAUUCCGUCUCGUCGUCAGAAUCUGCAUAGCCUGGAUGAUCUGCCACACCGUCGCCUUCGGACUAGUGGUGACCCUCCAAUGCGUGCCCGUGCAAUCGGUGUGGGACCACUCGAUCAAGGGGCGGUGCACGAACUCGCAGGCGUUUGUGUAUGCGGCGGCGGGGUUUAGUAUCUUUGAGGACUUUGUGAUUAUGUUGUUGCCGAUUUGGGAGUUGAAGGAUUUGAGUCUGAAUACGAAGAAGAAGUUUGCGUUGAUGUUUUUGUUUGCUUUGGGGUCUUUCGCUUGCAUCACCAGCAUGAUCCGCCUCAAAUACCUCGUCGCCUACGGAACCUCCGUCGACGUAACGUACGGCGCCGUCGACGUAAUCCUCUGGUCCGUACUCGAAGACUACGUCGCCGUAAUCUGCGCCUCCCUAAUGUGUCUGCGCCCCCUAAUCGUGCGGUGCUUCCCCUCCCUCUUCCCCACCAGCAACGCCGAGAGCAAGAACACCCAAAGCGGGUGGGGCGCUGCGCGGAACUCCAAGCUGGCGAGUAAACUGGGGGUGGCGAGCAAUAAGGGGUAUGAACUCAAGAGCGAGGAUGGCGAUGCGAAGGGCGGAGGGGGGGGGAUUAGGGUGCAGAAGGCUUGGGCGACGAAGACGAGUAGUGUGGGGGAUGUGGAGGAGGAGUCGGAGGGGGGGGAGAGUUAUAAGAUGGAGGGAGGGAGGGGGAGUGAGGAGGUUUGGCAGGCGAGGAGGGGUUGA